AUGUCUGUGCUGUUUUUUACCCGAAACGCUAUCGGUUUCAUGUUUGAGAGGAGUCUUCCCUUUGGUGGCCAAAUAGCCUUUCUUCUCCUUCUACUUCUCCAAAUUUGCCAUGGUAAGGAUAAUACUUGUAACCCUUCUUCAUGUGGGAAUAUCCUCAACAUUACUUACCCUUUCCGACUACAGACUGAUCCGAAACACUUUGGUGACUCUAGAUAUUCACUGUCCUGUGAGAACAAUACUACAGUAUUGCAUCUGUACUCAAGAAAAUACUUCGUUCAGGCAAUUAACUACAACAACUACACAAUCCGACUGUUGGAUCCUGGUGUUGUUAAAGAUGAUUGCUCCUCCAUGCCUCUUUUUCCUUUAACUCGUCCUGACUUCCCUGAUGGAGGUCCAUAUACACCGAAUAAGUACUUAUCGGCUUCCGAGUUGACCACAUUUUCAGCAGAAAUUAUUUUCGUGAACUGUGUCGACCCAGUAAAUUAUCCUUUUUACGUGAACGCUACUUCUUGCAUUAAUAAUGGAGCGAAGUAUUCUUUUGUGAAAAUUGACAAGUUCGGCGGCAUGUCAGGAAUGGAAUGGAUGAGCACGUGCACCAUAGUAACGGCAGCCUUGUUGCCUGCUGAAAGGGAUUAUACGAACAUGUCCUUCGUUGAAGUUCACAAAGAGCUGGCUUACGGGUUCGAAAUUUCAUGGCUGAAUCUGUACUGCGAAAGAUGCGAAUCCAAGCAGUGCUUAUUCAAUGAAAGUGAAAACCGGAUUCAUUGCUUUGAGGAUAUGCCGGGUGCGUAG